AUCGGCAAGACAACGAUGAUCAGGUCACUGCCGGGCAAAACCGGGUACAUCCAGCAUCUCAUCUACCACGUGAUGCAGCCUGCCAACGAGCCAGACCGCGCCGAGGAGCGUACACCAGGGAUCAAGGUGUGCGAUAUGGUCAUCAGGGACAGGGGCAGCGGUGAAGCUGAUGAGGUGGCAUCCCUUCGCGUGUAUGAUUUUGGCGGGCAGCUGGCCUAUCACGUGAUCCACACGCUGAUGAUGUCGGACAGGCUUGCCGCCUUUGUUGUCUGCGUGGACCUCUCGCAACGCGAGCAGCACGUGAAGGAGCGCGCCAACUACUGGCUGCAGUUCAUCUGCACGCGCCUGCAACAAGGGAUGGCUGCCGCUGCCAACUCCAUUGGCGCAGCCCCAAUGACGGAGGUGAAGCCACGCGUGAUCAUUGUUGGCACGAAGAAGGACCUCGCGUACAAGAACAAUCUGGUGGACGCCGACGGGCAUCCCACGUGGGGUAAAGCCAUGAUGGCAGACCUACAGGACACGUUUGGCCAUAUCAUCGACAUCCACAGCACCCUCAUUCGCUUCACGUGCUUCCUCGACAAGGGGCGAAACUUCAACGCCCUCCGCCUUGAGCUUGUGCGUCACUGGCGCUGGCUGAAGGACCGUCAGCUUGAGGUGCCAAAAGUGGUGUCAGAGGUCGCCGCCAUUCUGAAGACCGCACAACUGGAGUGCCCCCUGUGGAAAGUGGGUGACCUGCUCGAGCGCGUCCACAAGAGCAGCGAACACGAGUUUGCCGUCACCGCCGCCCUUCCCGAAAACAUCUUUCAUCUCACGUUGCGGUAUCUGCAUGCACGUGGCGAUCUGCUGUGGUACUACAAACUCCCGUCGCUCGCUGACGUGGUCUUCCUUUCACCCAACUGGCUCUUGCAUGACGUCAUGGGCAAGGCAUUGCAGCCCAAAGGCGUGGCGUGUGGGGGCCUUCGGCCCAAAAGGGGCGUGGUCAGCUUCAGCGACAUUUCAGCAGCGUUCGAAGGCAUCGCAAGUCCCGAAUUGGUCAUCAGCAUCCUCCAGCACGCACUCCUGUGCUUCGAGCUGCCGCAGAAUGAGCGGGGCCGGCGCCGCUUCAUGCUUCCGAGCCGCGUGGAAGAGGAUGUCGAUGUGGACAAGGAGUGGCGACAGCACGAAGAUGACGAUGACCAUGACAACUGGGCCGUGUACGGAGGGCGCCGCCUGAAAGUGACCGACGACGCACUUGCACUCCCACCUGGGUUCUUCCCACACGUGCAGACCCGAUUGCAUAGCAAGUUUCGCACGCCCCCAGACAUUUGGAGGAAUGCGUUUCGGUGCGAGUGGAGAGGCGUACAGUGCUUUGGCCUCCAGCGUGGUGAUCGGGAGGUGGACGUAUGGGUACGCGCACGUGAAGGGGCAACAACACACGCGCUUCCAUGUUUGACAAAGGUGUUCUCACUGCUGCAGGAGGAGGCCCGUGGCAUUGACAGCCAUCACAUUGUCCUGAGCCCAAAGCAGCUGAGGCAGCACGUGCCAAAGCCCAUCGGCUAUGCAUUCGACGCCAUACACAAUCAACCGCCAAACGAAUUUGUCGAGUCCUCGUACCACGACCCAGGACAGUCGGCACUGUCUGAGCGCGUGUACGACCUGCUGAUGCUGCCACCCGAGCGACCCGACUCCGCCAUGCCCACGUGGCAGUGCCCCGGGUAUGAAUGGCACCAUCCAAGUUGGCGGCUCGACGACACGCUGGAUGAGCAGCUCCGCUGGUCUGGCCCGAACGCCCACCGCACGUACACGGCACCCUUGCCACCUAAUACCCAACUGUACGAGUGGGUUGAAAAGCAAAUGGCACCAGGAAUGUCGCUGUCUCGUGUUGAGGUGACAAAGUCAGCGACCAUGCUGCAAUUAUUCAACGGGCGCCUGGCGCAAUGUGCGAGCCGGCGCGCAUCCCCGAACAGCCCACACUUCAACCGCACCUUUGACUAUGACCGGGACAAGAAACGCAUGGUCGAGCAGCUCAAAGCUCAGUUUGCGCAGACUGGUGAAGACGUGGAGCAUGUCAACGUCCUCAUUGCAUGGCACGGGUGCUCUGUGUCCAACAUUGACGCCAUGGCCAGCGAGGGGCUUGCCAACCUCAGCAAACCUGCUGACCGCGGCUUCUAUGGAGCCGGCAUCUACGUGACCCCGCAGGCUGGCUACGCGGCUGGCUACUCAACCCGGCUGCUGCCUGGCACCUGGGAGGCGCCAAAUUCGCGCGGAGAGCACGUGCUUUUGCUGUGUGCUGUCAGCAUUGGCCUGGCGCAACCAAUCACCAGGCAGGCGGAUUACAACGAAGCCAGCAGGUGUAAAUGGUUUGGCGAGCCAAUCAAGGAUGGAUUUGAUGCGCGGUAUGUGCAGGUGUUGAGUUCCGACAACUUCCAAGCCACACCAACACCGGGCACGUACAAUUUCGAGGAAAUUGUCGUGUCGCAGGAGGCCCAGGUUCUGCCCAUCGCCAAGGUCUUCGUUAAGGUGAACAGGGACGAGCUUCGCGAUUACCUCGCAUCACCACCCCCCGCGCCAGCGCCAGCGCCUUGAAUCGUCCAGCAGAAUCCGGGUUUGUGUGUGUGUGUCUGUGUGUGUCUGUGUGUGUCUGUGUGUGUGUGUGUGUCUGUGUCUGUGUGUGUAUGUGUGUGUGUGUCUGUGUG